CUUGAAAAAAAAACUCUUCUUGGAAUCUUAAAUUAAUUAAGUUUAGUGGUUAAACAAUUUUCCUCUCUGCUCUAAUCAAGUCUCCCUAGAUUUCGAUUAGAACACAAAGACUUUACUAGAGAAGAAGAUACAACUGCAAAGAUGAUCUACAACGAUGAUGAACCGCCAAGGCAGACAGAAGGAUUAGAUGGAAACUUGGAGACGAGAAUCAUCCACAAGCAGGAGGCACCGAUGGAGGAAAGCCAAUUUAAGGUGUUGUUGGAGCUCAAGGGAGUUGGAUCAAAGCAUGGCAGAUUAGGGGUGGAUCUUGUGACCGUCUUGGAUAUCAGCGGAAGCAUGAGGGGAUCCAAAUUGGCAAAAAUGAAACUUGCAAUGCAAUUCUUGGUCAAGAAACUUAGCCCAAGCGAUCGUUUAUCUGUCGUCACUUUCAACAGGAAGGCCGAUAGGUUGUGCCCGUUGUGCCAGAUAAAUGAUGAAUCUCGAACGGACAUUAUACAAAAGGUCAACGAGAUAGUAUCCCGGAGUUCCACAAACACAGAGUCUGGUCUUAAACUAGCCUUAAAAAUACUUGGGGACCGCGUUCACACAGAAAGGCGUCGUGUCGCCAUCAUGCUUAUAUCGGACGGGAUGGAAGAUGCAGAGAGUAAGGCUGUCUGUGUUUCAGUCCGCGAUGUGCCCGUGUACACAUUCGCUUGUGGUAGUGAUUGUGAUCCAGAGGUGCUCAGCCGCAUUUCCAAAAAUAGCAAUGGCGGAAUGUUUGCAGCUGUCCCAGAUUUUGAUGACUUGAAUGUUGCAUUCUCUACGGCUUUGGCUGGGCUUCUGCAUGUAGCUAUCGAGGACCUCACUCUUACUAUUAAACCGCUGAAUAGUUCUCAAUUGGAUGAGGUGAAUGCCGGAUCUUACCCACAAACGAAAUAUGACACUGUAUUGAAGGAGCCUGUAAUCAUUACAUUCAGGACAUUAUACGACAGAGAGACCCGCAGGGUCCUUUUGCUACUUACUCUCCCAAAGGUCGUUGAAGAUGAGUCGGCUAUCAAAAUCUUGGAUAUUGUAUACAAGUACAGAGUUGGUGGGAAGGAUACACUUGAGUCUGGUACCAAAAGCAUACAUGUGACCCGCAAUGAUUUGUCAACAGAGGCAGAGAAUGAGGAGGUGCUAGCCGAGGAGAGACGUAUCAGUGUUGUAAGCAACAUUAAAGAAGCAAGAAUUUUGGCUGACCGGAAAAAUCUGGAGGAGGCCAGGAUUAAUCUGGUUGUUGCUAAAAAAUUACUGUCGGAGGUUGAUGCUAUUCUGACUGCUCAACUGGACCAACUCUUUCUACUCAUGGUAUCCCCAAAAACAUACGACGAACAAGGAUUUGUUUUUGCGCUAGCUCUUGAGGCAUCUCAUGAAGCCCAACGUGCCACAACUGUCCCAGGUGCUGAUCACUUUCAGGCAGGUAUGUUUAACACUCCCCAUAUGGACUUAUUCAUUGAACAAGCCAGGUCAUUUGACAUGGAUCCCGUAUAUAAAAUACCCACGGAGGAUGAGGAUAUGAAAAUCGUCGCACUUGUGCACUGAAAUUACCAAGGGAUUUGAAGAACCGACCAAACUGGGCUUAAAAAUUAUACUCAUGACUUAUUCAUGUUUUUAUCUUUGGUGAAGUGCUAUUAUUUUUACACAAUGUAAAACAGAAAUGAAUGUGAUAAGAGUGAAAGUCUUGUUGUGUGUAAACUCCGUUUCUAUUUUCCCAAUUUAUUUUUGAUCGGUCUAUUUUCCCAA